UUUACCUGGACAGCUGGUGGGCAGUUCCUGCAGAUAGGCUCAGCCAUUUCUUUUAAUUUCUUCUUUGUUUUGAACCUGCGCUGGUUCAAUUUCAGCUUUAGAGCAUCACCGUACGGGUGCUAGAUUUCUCUUCCAUUUGCAAGCGAUGAGCACCAGGUUCACAUUUAUUUCAUAAACUUCAUAAAAAAGAUCUUUCUUCACGCGUGCGUAACACAUGCGGAGAUGAUGCACUAUGCUGCGUCAAACUAUAAACCGCCGGUUAUGGAGUUGUGACGUAGAUUAAACGUCUGUGAGCUUUCCCGCGCUAUCUUCCUUCGCCGCAAAUCUUAUUUUACCUUCCCUUUGCCUGUUGAAUGAAUUAGGCAUAGAUGUUAAGGUUAAUUUGUGUUAGUUAUAUAGCUGUUGAAAAUUCACGGUAGAGGCUGUGCAAGACUGCCUUGUUGUAAAGUUAGAAAAUAUGGCUAGGGAGGUGAUAGUCAUUGUUCCUCUUGCCGAAAUCAACAUGAAAAUAGUCUAAAUAGAUAGUUUCACGCCGGUACUUUAGUUUUCAAAUUGUAAAUGAAAAAAAAUUUGGAACGCUUCACGAGUUUGCGUGUCAUCCUUGCGCAGGGGCCAUGCUAAUCUUCUCUGUAUCGUUCCAAUUUUAAUAUAUGUGCUGCCGUUAAGCGAGCACGUCUAUAGCUAGGUUCACGAUGCCGUUUUAUUUAGUUCAUUUGCCGUGGGACUCUUACUAAAGGUAUAAAGAAAAAAAACACCUGUUUGAAAUUUCAAUUGCUUGCUGCACGCAUGCGUAUAGUCCACGCUAUUCUACAAACAAAAACCUGAAUAUAUAUCGCUUUUGUAUCUAUUUGAAGUUGUCUAUAUUUUCUGUUUUAAUUGCCACAAUUGGUACAGAUAUUGGCCGAAACAACUGCAUCAAACAGGCACAAGCAUGGUAUAAAUCUUCCAUUGUGAACUGAAAUGCCAUACUUAGGGAGCUGCUGUAACGUUUACUCCGUUUCUAUUGUAAGAAUGAAGAGUAAUACGCCGUAUGAUCAGCUUUGUGACCUCUGGACAACUUUUUUUUUUUUUACCUCGACGUUGAAUGAACGUUCAAAAUUUCCGCCACAUUAGCAAAUUCAGCGAGAGGACUGAAAACGAAUUCAGUCUCAGACCCUCGCAGUUACAUGGUGUUCAAUAUGGCGGAUGUUGUGAACAGUCGCGUGGGAAGCCGGAUUCUACCAUUUUAAAGCCGUGGCCAUAGCCGUGAUUCCGAAAGACACUGGUUAUUCAGCAGGUUGGAAUAAUGAUUCCAUCAAUGGUUUGCUUUUACAGAGAUGCCAACCAAAGGAAUCCAAAUCCAGGAGAUAUAUGAACAGGAGACAUUUUGGCAGGAAUACACUGGGGUGAUGGUCUGCACACUGGACUCCAGGCUGGGCAGUCUCACUUCUGGCUGGGGUCAUUGUGUUGUGUUCCUUGGCAAGUUCUUCACUCUCUCAGUGCCUCUCUCCACCCAAGGUGUAUACAGUGUAAAUGUAAUGCUGGGGGUAACCCGGUGUUGGAACUUCGCACAAUUUAAUCCGCAAGUUUGUUUGUUUGUUUUUUUUUUUUUAAAAGCAGAAUUGGAAACGCUUUCACAUCUCAUUUUGUCUGCAAAACAGAAAAAGAUGCAAUUAAGAGCAAAAUAUAAUGUGAUUCGUGAAUAAAUCGCACUGCCUUUCCUGCGAUUUCAUUGGCUACUUUAAAAGGCCUUGAAAUCUGAUUAGCUGGUUUGUUUUAGCGUUCAUUCUCAUUGGCUGGGAAGAAGAUGCGAUUUAGAACAAAAAUGUUGCGAUUCGUGAAUAAAUCACACUGCUACGAGCCAAUCAGAUUGCAAGGAUCACCGGUGCUUUCAAAUUGGAUGUAAUAAAUGAUGAAACCACUUGAGAAGAGCGUAAAUCAUCUCCGGGUGGCCCGUGGUACUGAGUCGCACGAUAGUUGAGAAAAAACCUCCCACUAAAACGGUGUGAAUCAGAGUCGCACAUAAACAUUAUCAUGACACAGGCUUAUUUAACAAAAUUUUUUAUCCGAAAAUGAUCAAGUUCUUCAUUCACAUGAGCUACCUCUUCUGAAUUUAUGUCACAGGGCACGCCUAAGGUGAAUUUACAUGGGUCAUUGAAUGAUGACGAGUAAAACUAGGAAAUAAUUUCACGGAUAUACCACUUGAUUACAUUUUAAUAUCAUGGUUGACAAAUUACCCCUUCAAUCAUUGUUUUUUAUCAUGUUUAUUGUAUUGAGAAAUUUCGCGCAAACGUUGCCAUGGCAAUUUUGUAAUUUCACAAGUGAAAUUAUAAAUUAACGCGGUAAUUUCGCGCCAAAAUUAAGGAGUUAUUUGUCACCCAAGGCCUUGAUAGUAGGCAAUUAAUCAUCGCAUUGCUGCCCAAACUUUAAUAAUGUCGGAUGUCGCGGUAUUAGCAGCGGUGUUUCCUGAAUAUCAAUAUCACGCUUAACGUCAGCUGGCAAAGUGUGGCAUCUCAAAUGCUAUAACUUACGUUUCAAUUUAUCUACCAAUGCUUUAACAAAACGACAGGAUAGCGCGGAAUUGGGUUUCCUUCAUGAUGAUUAAUUUACGUUUUGCUUUUGUUCUUUAAAAUGGAAAAUCAUAAGAUAACCUUCUUCGCUCGUAUUUCUUGGUCAGUUUUCUAUUACAACGAGUUGAUAAAGAGUCGGAGUGCCGGAGAGCGAAAGUGACAUUCUAAACUGAAUUGACUCGCAUAGAAUAGAAAUCAUGAGAAAUGGCCCUUGACUUACAGGGACUUUCUGCACCGUUUAUUUGACGGUUAAUACGGAUCGUCGCUUCACCCUUGAAAUGUCACAAUCAACUUUUUGGUCGCCGAUACCUUUGUGAAACCCGAUUUAUUUGCAUUUAAAAAGGAACCGGAAUAACCAAACAAAGAAAACAGUAUAGAUUGGAAAGGUCAACCCUUAAAUUUUCCAAUAGAUUAAACUAGAACUUGCUAUCUUGGGCGAUAUUAAAUAUCGGAAAUAUCAAAAAUGUUAGCUAAUAAGGCCGGUAGCAUCUGCCAAAUCUCGAUUAAAUUUCACCACGUUUGUGUAAUGCUAACAAAGCCAAGCUUCUUUUUGAUUGGUUUACAUUGUGCUCUGUCCUGUUUGCAAUAUUUUAUGCAAAUCGGUUUACAAGAAAAGCAGUCCUUUUGGCCUUUAAAGUCCUUCAACGUAAAUCUAGUUUCUUGCGAUAUCUUUGUUACUCAAAUCAGUUCCCGAGUUAACGUGGCAAAGAGUUAUGCGAAGAUGUCUUAUAACAAUACCGCAGAAUACAGGAGUGAUAAUGAAUCCGGUUUUUACGCCACAUGCGAUGAUUAUCUUAAUCACAGAUCUGUAGAAAUUGUUAAAGUCGUCGUCUGCACUGUCAUCUUCAUAACGUCUACCAUGGGUAACACAAUGGUUGUUAUUGUGGUACACAAAGAACGGAGAAUGAGAACAACCGUGAACUUCCUGAUCGUCAACAUGGCUGUCUCAGAUUGCCUGUGCACUCUGAUCGUUAUUCCAAAAAUUAUCACGCAGAUAUUCACCUACCCAGCUGCAUGGUUAAUUACAGGAGCAGUAGGUGACGCCUUGUGCAGAAUCAUGCACUUUUUCCAAGACGUCACUGUAGCUGUGUCGCUACUGAGUCUUCUGAUGAUUGCCAUUGAACGUUACUACGCAAUUUCUUGUCCAGUCGUUGCUAAUCCCAUUCCACGGAAACGAUGUGGAUUCAUGAUAGCUUUUACCUGGCUGAUGGCUUUUCUUAUGUAUGCAACGCGUUUCUGGACCUUUAAGUUAUCCAUCGAGGUGGAAGGCCCAAUUUGCCAUCACAGUUGGGAGCAACUGGCUGAAGAUCCACUCAAAGCGUGGGAAAUAGAAUUUUUCCUGCAUACAAUUCUGUCCGUGAUAGUUCCAUUCAUCGUUGUAACUGCUCUUUAUACAACAAUCCUUGUCAGAAUCAGACGGAUAUCUGUUCCAGACGAUGUUCGGUCGAUAGGACGAAGGCGUCAACAAAAGCGUAACCGAAACGUGCUUCGAAUGUUGCUUGCAGUGGUAAUCGCUUUUGGUUUCUGCUGGUUCCCAUUUAUAAUUUUAACUUACGUAGCCACUUUAGUCUGGAUUAACAGGGACGUAGAAGUGCCUUGUGGUGUGGAAAUCAUCGGGGAGUGUGCAUUGUAUUUGGCAUAUCUCCAGUCUUCAGUAAAUCCGGCCAUUUACCUUGGGUUCAGCGAAAAUUAUCGUCAAGGAAUGAAAAAGUUCAUUUGGCCUUGCCUAUCGCGCCGCUCUGAAAAACGGUCAGUUUGCAAUCAAGUUGAAACACCGCAAAUCAAGGACAGAAAGCGCAGAAUGAGGCACGUCGUUUUGGUUGCUCAGGGUCAAGAUCUAGAAUUACGCAGUGUUCACAACCUGUAGCUUAACGAAAGUUCUAUAGCUUUAAAAGAAACAUUUUCUUUGGGAUUUUGAAGUAAAAGUGACCCUUGAGUCAAACUUCUAUUUGUUAAUGCGUCGAUGUUUACCCUUCAGUAAUUCUUCGUCGAUACCGUUGACUAUACAGAUAAGUUCCCAGCCAGAAAAGCAUAAUUUUCUUAAAACAUUUUAAGAAGCAAAUUCUUUGACUUAAAAGAAGUAAGAUUUUCUCAGAAAAGGUAUUGAAGACUUAAAGAAGGGUGAACUUGUCUUAAAGUAAAUAUAAAGAGACGAAUCUGCCAGCGCUAAAUUAGCAAAUACAUGUAACACACUUAAGAUAUGAUAGCUGCCAAAGAGGCAGAUUGAGGGGAAAAUCAGUAGAAGGUUAGUGUCAUUCUUUAUUGAUUUGGAGACUGUUUUUGGCACGGACAAAGUAUGUUUUUGUGGAAGACAAUUUUCAUAGUUCCAUCUUUCGUGUUUGUUUUCAAGUGUAAAACACAGCUGUUGGUUCUCAUAGUAAAUGAUCCAAAAACAAUAAACCUGGGAAGCCUGUGACAUCUUGUUUGCAGAAGGUGGUCCCAGAAUACGAUUUCUCAUUCCACGUUAUUUUUGUUCAGUCAAUUUUGUUUUUUUGUUUGUUAAUUUUUUUUUGUCUUUUUGGACUUCGAUGUCCAGAAGUACUGACAUAGUUGAGACGAUAUCCCCAUGGAUGAGGAGCAAUUAUGAUGAAAGUUUAGGUUGGAUCUGGAGUUUUUCAAGUAGAAUGGCCCAAUUUGUUACCAACAGUUUUUAAUCGAAAGUCAUAAACGCCUAAAUUAUAAGUCAAUUUCUUUUUGUUGCAUGUUACACCCUUUCAUUUCCCUUCAGACCACACCUAUCGAAAGAUCUCUUUGACGAAUGUGAUCUACUUUUUGUAGCAGUUCUUCAUUUUACCGAUCUUCUAUUUGCCAUUAUCCUGUUGAUUCCGACAAAGAGGAGAAAUUUGAAACCAGAAUACCUCGAAAUACGCCUAGCCUCUUGAUUUCAGAGACCCUUAAGCUUGUAUGAGCUGCGGAUGAUGAUGGUAAACUCCGAAGGUGUUCUUCAGCAGCUUCUCAGCUUGCAUUGGUCUCUCUAUACAGUGUAUAUGUACAUUAAGGUAUGAUGGAAGACGUGUUCAAAUGUUCGUAAUACUCAAAAAGCUGUUAUUUAACAUGAAAUUUUAGGUGCCUGUUGUAAUUAAUUUAUAUGUUAAUUGCCUUUACUUGUGGCAAUGAAGGGCUAAUGUACCCCUGUCCAGAACUUUACAUGUACUCUGAUGGAAAACAACAUUUUCCUCGGUGACCAUAGUUUAUAUCCUGUUACGCGCCAUUUUGCAGCAAUCCAAUCUCUGGAACUUUUACACUUAAGUCGAGUAGCCAGAAAACUACGGGUUAGCAUUUUCUUCAGACAGUUGUGGGCAUUAUUUGUGGCUUUAGUGAAUGUGUUAACCGAAAGUCUGUAAUUUAAGUUAUUUAAGUAAGUCGUUAGGGCUCUCCACUUUUAAUCAGGAGGUCUAGGGUUCAAAUGUUACUCCCUGCUACUAGCUGCAUCUGAGCUCCCUUAUUUCGAUUCAAACUUGUCCAGACUUUGUGAAUGGCUAAAAAUUUAGCCUUCCGGCAGUUGGGAUUCUAUGUAUAUUUACAUUCAUAGACAACGCUGCACAAACGUCUGGCUAAGAGUGCCCACUGUGCCUAAAGGAGUGAUUUUACUCGCAGUUAAAAUAAAGCAAUGAUCAUGAUUGAUCAUGACAGUCACAGGGACCGCUGAGUUCAAGAUGAACUAUUUCAAGGCACAUUUCCUGGUGCCUUUAGACAGCCCAAGAGCAGAAAGGAAUAUUAACGAAGGAGGGAAGGACUGAAAAUGGAAGAACAUGAAAAUCGUCCGCGAUCAUCCCGUAACUUGGUUGUCAGAGUUUCGUGGGUGAGCUGGAUAAUAUAUUCAUUGCGAAAUAAAUUAUUGCGUAAGUUUCUUAAGAAAUAUAAGUAUAGGUAAUCAUACGGUUUUUCUCGUUCAAUUUGGAAUUAAUUUGCACU